AUGACAGAGGCAUCUAAAGCCAGUGCUCAACAUUUCGUCACAAAUAUCCUUCCCCUCUACCACGGUCCCUAUGUCAAAAUUCGAAUCAAGCCUAGCAAUAACGAAUAUAAAAUUUCCAAAAGUCUUCUCUGCGCUGAGUCGGCUGUAUUCUCAGCAAUGUUUGAGGGUGAAUUUUUAGAGUCUCAGCAGCUGACCGCGGAUUUGGAAGAAAUGGAGUACGUUAUUUCGGUGCGAAGCCUUGAAGCGCUUUUUCAAUGGCUAUACCUUCGCGUUGUCAAGUUCGACGUAGAGGAUCCGGGGGAGCAUAUUUCGGCUGCGAUGGAGCUUGUGAGACUUGCGGACAAGUACAAUAUCAUUGGAUUGGAAACCGAGAUGGCCCAAUACAUCAAACGCAUACUUGUCGCCAAUCCCCAUCCCCAGACGAAUGACUUCUGGCAACAUGUCGACACUAAUACUUAUUGGCUUACGCCUGUUCAUAUUAUCUCAGCAACCUUCUUGCCUCAUGAACAUCCAGUACGGUGA